ACAAUGUCUUUAUCUACUCAGACGUUUGGUUUUCUCUUCAUCUGUUUUUACUGUCAGGUGAGCGCUGUCACAUUUCAACCAUCUCCUCCUCAGAUAGUGAAGGAGAAAACCGAUGUCAGGAUCAACUGCAGUCACAAUGAUAAUAGCCUUCUGAUAAUGCUCUGGUAUCAGCAACUACCGGACACUCUGUCUUUGACCCUCAUUGGGUAUGGAUACGCACAAAGCCCCCCAGUCUAUGAGGGAUCAUUUGAGAAACAAUUCCAGAUGACAAAAGAAGACAUAACAACAGGGGCUCUAAUCAUUUCGAGUGUGAACACAUCGCACACUGCUGUUUAUUUCUGUGCUGCCAGCGAAAACACUGUGACCAACAAUUAUCCGGCUUACUUUGGCCAAGGAACCAAAGUGACAGUGUUAGAGCAUGACGUCAAAGAACCAACGGUGGAAGUGUUUCGGCCGUCGUCGAAACAGUGUCUGCACCUGAAGUCUGAAGAAAAGGAGAAGACUUUACUUUGUGUGGCCAGUGAAUUCUACCCAGACCACGUCAGCGUGUCCUGGAAGUCUGACGGGGUGACGGUCACCGCAGGGGUCGCGACUGACAGCUUUGCCGCGCGGGACGGCGAGUACUACAAGAUCAGCAGCAGACUGAGAGUCAAAGCCGAAGACUGGUACGGGCAGGAAUACGAGUGUAUUGUCACAUUCUUCAAUGGGACAAACUAUAACAUUCAUACAGAGAACAUCGUUGGUGAAGAAGCUCCAACAGACUUCCAUAUCAGAGAAAAAUACCUGAGGGCCACACAGACAGCCAAACUCUCCUACGCUGUGUUCAUCAUCAAGAGCAGCAUCUACGGAGCCUUUGUGGCGUUUCUGGUCUGGAAACUUAAGGGUUCAAGUGGAAAAUAGAACGGCUGAGAGACGAGCAGACGACAACGAACUACUGCCGCUUAACAUUUCCACUCGUAUAUAAGUGGGAUAUUUAAAUUCCGCUCACGUUUCUUUCCGCUUCUUCCUGUUACAUACUCCGC